AUGUCGCGAGGACCUCUAGGCGAACUACCGGGCAUGACCUUCGACCCCCUCCGGAAUCGCUACUUUCCAACACCCAAAAACCCUCCUCCCUCCCCACCUGCCGCCCAUUCCCGCUCCGGAAAUUCAUCGAGAAGAGAUGAGAUCGUCAACAUGUUCACGCCGGGCCCGGGGCAGCCGUUUUGCGUCAAGAAACGACCUCGGUCGAGUGAAGCUGGUGAGGCGAGGGAGGAGGUGGUGUGUGGGGGAGGAGGGAGGAGGGUGCAGAGAGGGAGAGGGAGGAUGGGGGCGCUGGGAGGGAGGCAGAGGGAGAGGGGCGAGGAAUCGGUUCUCUCAAAGCUUGUGCUUGAUGCGGAACAUCAUUCUUGUGGCUGUGAGGGCGAGGUCAUAACGUCUUAUCAAUCUUAUGGAGAUGAAGCGUACGCCGCGACAACUGAUCAUGGAAAAUUGAUCCUUCACUGGGCGGGGGGCAACACUGUAGUCUUCCAUGUGUGCCCACAACCUCUGGUAUCGAUGCACUGGGAUGUGAUGCGAAUGUCCAUGAUGGCGAUAUCAGGCGGGGUAGAUCCGCAUGUGCAUCUUUUUAUCAGAGAUCCCAGUCUACUCGACCAUAUCAGAAUGGUUCACGGCGACAUCAAGUUGAAGGGCGAUAUCUACGCAGUGUCCUCUUUUGACGACAAAUGUACCAUAGGCGGUACAAAAUCCCUCACCGUCAUUGACUACAAAACCCACUUGCACGACAGUGAUCCCCGCCUAAUCUCUUCCGUCCGCAAACUCAAAUCCGACGCUUUAUCCCUCGAUCAAUACACGUCCGACAACGUGCUCGUCGGUCAACGUUCCGGAGAAGUCAUCUCGGAAGAUCUGAGGGUGCAACCUGGAAAAGGUCAGAUGGUCGGGAGUACGAGGAAGAGGAAGGCGGUGGUUGGGGUGAAGAAGGUGCCGGAUUCGGCGGUCCCUUGGGGAGUGGCUGUGAGUGGGAUGGGUAAUGAGAUGCUGCUGUAUGACGCAAGGUAUAGCGAAAAGCCCUUACAUAUCUUUGAAGGCCACGUCAACAAUUUUCAAACGAAAGUGAGCCUCGCUCUAUCCCCCUCUGGCGAACACGUCUUCUCCUCAGGCUCCGACAACCGCAUCCGCGGCUGGUCAACCCUCACCGGCGAACCCCUCAGCCCCCAGCCCGCACACUACCAAUAUAACGCCCUCACGCCCUUUGACGAAGCCAGUGAAGAAGAGAACCCUUUGUCGCGCGCGUUUGACGACAAGAUUUCGCAUUUGGUUGUGAGGGAGGAUCUUGGGCUGGAUGUGGUGGUGCAGGCGCAGUUGUAUAGAUUUGCAAAGUAG